CGAGGACGAGGGUCGAGUGUUAAGGCUAUUCUCUUUGAGGGGAUCUUUUUCUCUAUGGGGGGAUCCCUCUGAAAAGAUUCUAUCAGGUUGUUUACUAGGAGAAUAUUCCCCAGGGAGCCCACCACGUCCAUAUGGGUACAAGGGACAUGGGUACAAGGGACUUUCUUGAGGGAAGAUUCUGACAUACCUACAUUCUUCACAUUUAUAUUCUGAAGGGAACAAAAAUUUUUACGGAGCACAGCACAUACAUACAUUCUGAAGGGAACAAAACUUUUUACGGGGCACAGCACAUACAUACAUUCUGAAGGGAACAAAAAUUUUUACGGGGCACAGCUCUAACUCGUCAAGUACGGAGGAUCCAAGUGGCGGAGAGUUUUCAAGUAUGGCCGCAAAAAUACGAGAAAGCUCAGCCCCAGAAGACGUGGCUUCAGACCUCCUACGCGCACUAAGAGAACGCAAGGGUGGCUCAAAGCAAACCGCCGAAAUCGAAAGGAAAGUUGCGGAAGUAUUGGCGCAGGAACGAGAAAAGCUGAAAAAGGACUUGAGGGCAGAGAUUGCCGCAGCCGGAAGUGCAGGCGACGACGCUGCGGUAUUUCUAUUUGCUAGCCUGCUAAAGGUAAUCGAAAACUCAAAAUAAGCGAGUUCUUACUGACUGAAAUAAGAGAGUCUUGACUACCUUCCUCUUCUUUCAGGAUCUCCCUUAUGUUCACUGUAGUUACUCGCGUAUUUCAGUUUAUCGAAAAGUUGUAGUACAAGAAAGUGCUACUAGUACGACCACAGUUCGACGGAUUUACCUUUAGUGCAUGACCCUUGCUACGACACGUUUCGGAGGUACAUCCGCAAAUGAGGAAGCAGUAACCUAGGCGCUAGUAACACUGAAACAGCACCAAAAACAAGUAAAACGCGUUCAACUAGAAAAACAAGAAUAAAAGGAGAGCUAAAAAAACAAAGCAUAAAAAAGCUUGAUCCGAUCACUUUUAGACUUGCUUUUCUCUAUCAUGACUAUAGGUUUUACGAGACCGGAUACAAAAGCUGGAUUCUAUGAUGGCUGCGACGAUCACGGAAAACCAGAGACUUGCGGACACAGUCACACAGCUACAGUCACGCAAUGAGAUCAACGAAAUGCGCCUAGAGGAGAUCUCGAAAAGCCCGAAUAUAACACCGACGCUAGGUAGUAAAAAAUGUUUUCCAAGACUGUUAGGAAGUAUGAGAUAUUCAUGUUGUUCAAUCGAGUUAAAUCAAAACAUGAUAUCUUGCUGCACAUGAAUUUCGUGGGAAGUAUUCUUCUUCUUCCAUUGGCAUGAGUAUUAUCGAUCCUGUCCUCCCUUGCGGUUGCGUUCAUUUUUCAUUCCUAAAUGUAAAUUAUUUGACAUUUCUCUCAGCCCCGCCAACUUCGAUUUCGAGUGGUAGUGAAGCGACGCUGCUCACCAGCAUUUAUCCACAGUUGCAGAAGAGCACAAUCUUUCCUCGAGGACUUCUGACGGGGGAAAUGAACACAGCAACAGGGGGGCCUUCCGAGAUCGCAAGACGCGAAAAGGUUCUCGAAGACAUGAGUCUCAAUGUUAAGGCUACUGGCAAGAAGAGGAAAUUGAUUUUCUCCUUGAGAGCAUCUUGCUUGGGUUUAGAGAGGGCAUUUGACCUAAAGAUUUUGCUACUUCUGUUACUUAUUGAUUACAGCAUCUUGGAGCAAUUAUAGUGCCGCUUCAUUCUGAAGGGAAAAAAAGCAUCGAGAUCGAUGCCCUUUAUAAGAUGUAGUCCUUGAUAUCUGUGACUUCUAAAGAUGCCACGCGUUUGAGCGCCAUAGCAGCACGGGAAGAAGAGACAGCCAGGAAUCAGGAGUAUCAGGCUGCACGACUUGCAGCUGCAAGAGAGCAAAGGCUGAGAGCAGAAUUCUUGACAGACCUAGUGGACGACGACGUCGAUGCGCAGUAUAUUCAAGCGCAGCGACGAUUCAGCGCGUUUUCUAGUGCAGACCUGGAAUCGCCUCUGAAGGCGCAACAGCGGAGUAGGAAGAAUUUAGGGUUUAGGGUGUUCUAGUGAAAGUGAAAAGACGAGAAAAGAAAGAGGAGGUGUCUCACGUUACAUAUUGUCUGACGCUAUAGAAAACUUCUGAUCGAGGACGUUCUCCAAUUACACUUACUUCAAGUACAGGGUUAGUACAGUUGUGCAUCUUAAUUCAUAUGGUCUACCGCUAUAGGUUCUAAUCUUCAGCGCGCUCUACAGCAGUAACGUGAGCGGAGCAGGUGCCGGAGACGGUUCGUCGAAGACGGGCGACAGUUCGUCGACCAUCUUCCUGCAGAGAGCUGUUGCGCACCACUCGCCGUCAAGCAGCCGGAUAUAUGCCAAUCCUACGCGACAAGGGCAACAACAGCAAAUGUUAAGGCUUGCCCUAAACCUAAUUGUUCAUCUUAAAAAGAAGCAUCUUUGAUUGACGUCUUUUCAAGGGGAACUGGGUCAAAGAUGUACUUGUAGAUGAGUUUUGUCGGUAAGGUCUAAAAGUAGUAGGCGACUCUACCACAGCACUUGGCGCUUCUAGUGCGACUCUACUCGAAACGCACAACCACGUCGAUCGCACGGUAUUAGGGCAACCACCGAGUGCAGAUCAGACACCUCAGGGAGUACAACAGGGAGUUGCUGGAGGCGCAGUGACUAAUACCAAUACUAGGCUCGACGCAACCGAACUUCAAGACGGACUAAACGCGAC